AUGUCGGAGAAAUUCUCGGCAGGGCUUCGGAUUGGAGAUCUCAACGAUUUCAUCGCUCCAUCUCAGGCAUGUAUUGUCUCUCUCAAGGGACUAAAACAGAACGAUAAACCGCAGGUAUCAAUUGCUAAGAAGCAGGACAAGUCUGACCCUGUCAAAAUUUCGCUCAAGGAUUGUUUGGCAUGUAGUGGAUGCGUCACGUCAGCAGAGACAGUUAUGCUGGAGAAACAAAGUUUGGAUCAGUUUCUUUACAAUAUUAAUUCAGGAAAGGCUGUGAUUGUGUCUCUUUCUCCCCAGUCAAGGGCUUCUAUUGCUGCUCAUUUUGGCAUUUCUCCAAUUCAGGCUUUCAAAAAGCUGACAAGGUUUUUUAAAUCCUUGGGAGUGAAGGCAAUUUUUGAUACAAGUUGCAGUAGAGAUUUGACCCUUGUCGAAUCUUGUGUGGAGUUCAUCACAAGGUAUAGACAGAAUCAAUUGGUUGAUGAUGAGAGGAGUAAAUCAUGCCUACCUAUGAUUACAUCAGCAUGCCCAGGUUGGAUAUGCUAUGCAGAAAAGCAACUUGGAUCCUUUGUUCUUCCUUAUAUUUCAUCAGUAAAGAGUCCACAGCAAACUAUUGGAGUUAUCAUAAAGAACUGUGUUUGCCAAGAAUUAGGACUCAGGCCAGAAGAAGUUUAUCAUGUCACCGUGAUGCCUUGUUAUGAUAAAAAGCUUGAGGCUGCAAGGGAUGACUUUGUUUUCCAACCUGAGUCCCAUGUUGAAGGGCAUAAGGAUGAAAUUAAUAUGAUUUCAGAGGUAGAUUCAGUAUUAACUACUGGAGAAGUUUUGGAGUUGAUUCAGUCAGAAGAAGUUGAUUUUAAAAGCCUAGAAGAGACACCUCUGGACAAAAUGCUAACAAAUAUUAAUGAAGAAGGAUACCUGUAUGGGGUCCGUGGAAGCUCUGGAGGUUAUGCAGAAACAAUUUUCCGAUAUGCUGCUAAAACACUUUUUGGAAGACAAAUUGAUGAUUCUUUGACCUUUAGAAACAUCAGGAAUUCAGAUUUUCAAGAAGUUACUCUGGAGGUGGAGGGGAAAACAGUGCUGAAAUUUGCCCUCUGUUACGGUUUCCGGAAUCUACAGAACAUUGUACGAAAACUUAGAACUGGGAAAUGUGAUUAUCAUUUUUUAGAAAUCAUGGCAUGCCCUUCAGGUUGCUUAAAUGGGGGUGGUCAAAUAAAACCAAAUUUGGGACAAUCGCCCAAAGAACUGAGUCAGUUGUUAGAAUCAGUUUACAUGGAAAAUGUUUUGGCAGCAUCGCCAUUUGACAAUCCCAUUAUUAAAAGCUUAUAUGAGAAGUGGCUUGAGCAGCCAGGUUCUGUGAAAGCUAGGAGAUACAUGCACACCCAAUAUCAUCCUAUUGAAAAAAGUAUUACUUCUCAGUUGCAUAAUUGGUGA